CGCUCCCUCUCUCUCUCAUUCACUCACUCACGACUGCACAAUAAAGGGAUCUUUGAAAAAAUUCAAGGGAGAGAGACGUGCGAGAGAGAAGGGGAGGAGGAGAGAGAGGGGAGGGGGGAACGGCGUAUGCUUGUAUACAACAACCCCGAUUUCCAUUUUUUCCCAACUCGUAAUGUAUUUAAUUCAAGUGAAACGUAAUCAUGACGUGUAGCGUCAUUAAUCUCCUCGCCGCCUCUCCCGGAGCUGUAGCAGGGGCUCAGAAGGACUGGAAUCACUGUAUCUGUUCCUCCCUCUGCAAACAGACCGGAGCAUGUCACACUCACUCUAAAGAGUAUGGAUUCCCCUCCGGAGUGUGUGCUGGCUCUGUCCUGUGACCCACCCCAGAUGUCCCCCCCCCUCCCCGCCCUGGACCACAGCCCCCUCCCCACCUUGGACCACAGCCCCCUCCCCCUGCAGCACACCCCACCCUCCCCCCAACCGCACCGUGACCAUGACGAUGAGCCGGAGCAGGAGGAGGAGGAAGAGGAGGAUGAAGAGGAGCUGUCGCCCCCCCCGUCCCCGCUGUUCCCGGGCGGGGGGCUGGGCGGGGGGCCGGGCGGGGAGCUGGGUUUCGGAGCUCUGGAGCGUGCCCUGUGCUCCAGUCAGGACCCCCGGAGCAGCGCAGAGCUGGACCUGCAGCUGUUCCACAACGGCCGGCCGGCCGGGGCGGGGCAGGAGGGGGUGGGGCAGGGGGCGGGGCUGCAGCUCAGGUUCCCCUGUAAAGUGUGUGGGAAGAGGUUCCGUUUCAACAGCAUACUGUCUCUGCACGCCCGAGCCCACACUCUGGACCGCGAGCGCGAACGCGAGCGCCACCACAACCCCAACCCGCCGCUGGAGACGGGGAGUCCCGUCGGCCUGCCCACCCUCAGCCCGCCUGCUGUGACCCCGCCCCCGCCCCCCACAGAGGGGGCCGUGCCCCUCGCCCCCGCUGAAGACCCCGCCUCUCAGGUGGCGUCCUCGUUCCGCUGCCACGCCUGCAAGGGGAAGUUCCGCACGGCCGGAGAGCUGUCCCGCCACGUCCGCAUCCUGCACAACCCCUACAAGUGCAGCAUGUGCGCUUUCUCCGCCAGCCAGGAGGAGGCGCUGGCCGCGCACCUGCAGGAGAGCCACGCCCCUGAGAGCCCUGGCCCCGCUCCCGGCCCCGCCCCCCUGCCGCUCCCCCUGCCCGCGUUCCGCUGCGACACCUGCGGACAGCGCUUCACGCAGUCCUGGUUUCUGAAGGGCCACAUGCGCAAGCACAAGGCCUCCCUUGACCACAAGUGUCAGGUGUGUGGGCGGGGCUUCAAGGAGCCCUGGUUCCUGAAGAACCACAUGAAGGUGCACCUGAACAAGCUGGGCCUGAAAGCGGGCGGGGCCUCAGGAGCCGGGGCCUCAGGGGGCGGGGCCUCAGGGGGCGGUGCCGGGGAGCAGAGCAAGGCCCCCCCCAGGAGCCAGGCGUUUGGGGCGCUGUACUCCAGCCUGCUCCUGGCGCGUGGGGGCGGGGCCAGGGCGGGGCCUGGGGAGGCCGGAGAGCCCAGUAAGGCCUCGCUGCUGAGUUACCUGGGGUUGCCAGGCGACGGGGGCGGCAGCUGCAUGGAGAGGCUGCAGGCUGUGGCGCAGGUGGCUGAGAGGGGCGGGGCCAGCGCUGGGGGCGGGGCCAGCAUGGGGGCAGGGGGAGCAGCUGUCUGGCAGCUGGUGGCGCGUAGUUUAGCCUCCAGCCAGCAGGGGCAGCAGCGCGUACAGAAGAGCUCGGUGGCCGGCGAGGCAGAGCAGGUGCGUGCGUACCUGGAGGGCCUGCUGUCGCGAGCCGACGCCCGAGCCGACGCCCCUGCCGCGCCCUGGGAGUGCCCGGACUGCGGGAAGCUGUUCGGCUCGCUGCCACAGGCUAUCGCUCACGCACGUGUGCACACCCACAGACCCCACAGGGAGGAGCCCAGGAAACCUGGCCAUGCCCCCAAAACCCCCGCACCCCACACCCCAAAAACAACCGCCCCUUUACUGCACCCUGCUGGAGGAUUACACUCCGGCAUCAGCCACAACCAAGGUGAGAAUGGAUUACGGGCAGGCUCGGUCAGAGAGAGGGUGAGGGGGACAGGUGUGAAAGACUGUCCGUACUGCGGAAAAGCAUUCCGCUCCUCUCACCACCUGAAGGUACACCUACGAGUGCAUACAGGUAUAUCCCAGCCCAUCUCCCCACACCUGCCUACAGCAUCCCAGCCCAUCUCCCCACACCUGCCUACAGCAUCUCAUCCCAUCUCCCCACACCUGCCUACAACAUCUCAUCCCAUCUCCCCACACCUGCCUACAACAUCUCAGCCCAUCUCCCCACACCUGCCUACAGCAUCUCCCCACACCUGCCUACAACAUCUCAGCCCAUCUCCCCACACCUGCCUACAGCAUCUCAUCCCAUCUCCCCACACCUGCCUACAGCAUCUCAGCCCAUCUCCCCACACCUGCCUACGGCAUCCCAGCCCAUCUCCCCACACCUGCCUACAGCAUCUCAUCCCAUCUCCCCACACCUGCCUACAACAUCUCAUCCCAUCUCCCCACACCUGCCUACAACAUCUCAGCCCAUCUCCCCACACCUGCCUACAGCAUCUCCCCACACCUGCCUACAACAUCUCAGCCCAUCUCCCCACACCUGCCUACAGCAUCUCCCCACACCUGCCUACAACAUCUCAUCCCAUCUCCCCACACCUGCCUACAGCAUCUCAGCCCAUCUCCCCACACCUGCCUACAACAUCUCAUCCCAUCUCCCCACACCUGCCUACAACAUCCCAGCCCAUCUCCCCACACCUGCCUACAGCAUCUCAGCCCAUCUCCCCACACCUGCCUACAGCAUCUCAGCCCAUCUCCCCACACCUGCCUACAGCAUCUAAUCCCAUCUCCCCACACCUGCCUACAGCAUCUCAUCCCAUCUCCCCACACCUGCCUACAACAUCUCAGCCCAUCUCCCCACACCUGCCUACAGCAUCUCAUCCCAUUUCCCCACACCUGCCUACAGCAUCUCAGCCCAUCUCCCCACACCUGCCUACAACAUCACAUCCCAUCUCCCCACACCUGCCUACAACAUCUCAGCCCAUCUCCCCACACCUGCCUACAGCAUCCCAGCCCAUCUCCCCAUACCUGCCUACAACAUCUCAGCCCAUCUCCCCACACCUGCCUACAACAUCUCAUCCCAUCUCCCCACACCUGCCUACAGCAUCUCAGCCCAUCUCCCCACGCCUGCCUACAGCAUCUCAGCCCAUCUCCCCACACCUGCCUACAACAUCUCAGCCCAUCUCCCCACACCUGCCUACAGCAUCUCCCCACACCUGCCUACAACAUCUCAUCCCAUCUCCCCACACUUGCCUACAGCAUCCCAGCCCAUCUCCCCACACCUGCCUACAGCAUCUCAUCCCAUCUCCCCACACCUGCCUACAACAUCUCAGCCCAUCUCCCCACACCUGCCUACAGCAUCUCAUCCCAUCUCCCCACACCUGCCUACAGCAUCUCAUCCCAUCUACCCACACCUGCCUACAACAUCUCAGCCCAUCUCCCCACAACUGCCUACAGCAUCUCAUCCCAUUUCCCCACACCUGCCUACAGCAUCUCAGCCCAUCUCCCCACACCUGCCUACAACAUCUCAUCCCAUCUCCCCACACCUGCCUACAACAUCUCAGCCCAUCUCCCCACACCUGCCUACAGCAUCCCAGCCCAUCUCCCCACACCUGCCUACAACAUCUCAGCCCAUCUCCCCACACCUGCCUACAACACCUCAUCCCAUCUCCCCACACCUGCCUACAGCAUCUCAUCCCAUCUCCCCACACCUGCCUACAACAUCUCAGCCCAUCUCCCCACACCUGCCUACAUCUCAUCCCAUCUCCCCACACCUGCCUACAACUGUGUUUUUAUCUGUUGCAGCAGUUGUACAUCUGAUAGAAUGUGCGCGUGCGCUGACUAUGUGUGUGUGUGUGUGUGUGUGUUAGUAGCUGACUCUGUGUGUGUGUAUGUGCAUUUGUAGCUGACUGUGUGUGUGUGUGCAUUUGUAGCUGACUCUGUGUGUGUGUAUGU